AUGGCGUUCACUGCCCUUCUGCUGCUGCUGGUGCUGGGCGCAGGUACACGUGCCAUGGACGCCAACAAGACCAUCAUGGAGACAACCGCAGCUGACAGAAUCACCACAGAGACGACCAUGGAGACAACCACGACCGACACGACCACCGUGGAGACAACCACGACCGACACAACCACCACGGAGACAACCACCAAGACAACCACCACCCCUACGACCGCCGCUCCGAACGUCACCAUCUCCAAAAACACGAGCGUCAACGGGACUCAAACCUCCCACACCACAGUCUUCCUCACCGCAGGCAACAUCACAAAAGUCCAAUCCAGCAACACCUCCGCAGGCAACGCCACAGCCAACAGCACCGCAGCACCCGUCCCUAGCAGCGCUGCCGUCUCCCACGCCAACGCCACCACGAACAGCAGCGACCGGGUCCCCCCCUUCGGCACCAACACAACCGCCGGCAGCUCGGCGGUUCCCACCUCCCCCGCGGGUGGUGGGGCGGUGAUCCCCGUCACCGGCACCAAAGGCAGCGGGAGCAGCAGCGCCCAGGUCAUCCCCACGUGGAAAACCUCUGCCACCGCCCAGGGCAGCACGGCUCCCAGGCAGACCCCCAUGGCUGUGCUGGGCAGCACUGGUGGUCCCAACCACAGCAAAGCCACGGCCCAGUUGCUCCUCCGCGUCCUGCUGUCCUUCCGCAUCCUCAACAGGAGCUUCAACGAGAGCCUGCGCGACCCCACGUCGAAGGACUACAGGAGCCUGAGCCACGCUGUCUUGACCGUGGUGAGUCCCAGCCCUGCCCACGGGUUGCCCCGGGCAAGCAAAGCCGCCCCAGUCUGUGCUGGGAAGGAGCUGCCUCCCCUCGGGGCUCCCUGUGAAAGCGCCCCGAGCAUCGGCUCCACCAGCCGCUUCGGCAGCCCCCGGGGCCCCGUGAGGGGGAGCAGCGAGGGGAUGGCAGGGAGGGGGUGGCUGCUGGGAGGCGGCCGUCACCCCCGCGCUUUGUUCCAGUUCCAAUCCGUCUUUGGCUGCGCGAGCUGCAUGGGCCAGCAGACCUACAAGGGGUGCAGCGAGCUCCGUUUCAGCCAAGGCUCGGUGGCGGUGCAGUCCACCCUCGUGUUUGAGCACGGCAAUGACACCGUCACCGGCAACGCCGUUGAGCAGCAGCUGAGGAAGAGCCUGGAUAAGAAUGGCUUCGUCAUGGACCUGCAGCUGACCAGCAUCCAGAGCACUGUGGAGGUGACGUCCCCGGCACCGGUGCCUGUGGUCCCGGACUGGGCCAUUGCUCUGCUGGUCCUGGUCUGUAUCCUGCUGCUGCUGAGCAUCCUCAACUGCCUUCUGAUGACCACCUGCAACCAGAAAAGCCGAGGGAAGCUGGACCUGUUCAGCACGAAGGACUCCUACCACCCCAUGGCCGAGUACUCCCCGUACCAGAGCCACGGGCGCUACAUGUCACCCAACAGCAAGCCCAACCCCUACAGCCAGGUGGCCGGCAGCAAGGGCGUGGGGUCCGGCACCUUCACCUACACCAGCCCUGCCGCCGGCUCCGACAACCUCUGA